UUACUUUCAAUGUUUGGACGGUGUAUCAUGAUAGUAAGAUCAAAACUCCUACUAAUAUUUAUUUACCUACUUUUGUUCAGUAGAGGUAGAGAGUCGGAGAGGAGAGGAGAGGAGAGAACAUUAUGGCGUGCUGGUGCUGCUCUCUCUAGUCUCAACCACUGCAUAACAUCCAUCCGUCCAUACAUCGCUCAAGUCUCGUCAUCAUCACACAACGCCAAUCAUUUUCCAUGUAGGGCCGUCCAGUCCAUCCCUCCUCCUGUGAUUGUGAAUGAUUGCGAAUUUAGCCGCUACUAACCAAACACCCUCACCCUCAUCUUCAUCUUCAUUUUCCUUUCCCCUUCCCCCAACACUAGUAUCUACACUUUUAUACUCGAUUCAGUUCUGGUUUGCUUCUCCUCUUCAAGCCACGCUGUGCCUCUGCCUGCCGACUAUAUACGCUUGUACAUACUACAGCCGUGAUAUCACAUGGGCCUUGCCUCCGCAAAGCUCUCCUUGCUCCUCAGUAACAGAUGGCUCGUUUUUGUGGCUGCAAUGUGGCUCCAAUCCUGCGCCGGGAUUGGGUACUUGUUUGGCAGCAUCUCACCUACCAUUAAAACCAAUCUAAACUAUAACCAGAGGCAGCUCGCAAGUUUAGGAGUCGCAAAGGAUUUGGGCGACAGCUUUGGAAUCUUCUCGGGUGGAAUAGGCGAUUUUUUGCCCCUCUGGGGUGUGCUGCUUGUGGGCGCCUUGAAGAAUUUUAUUGGGUAUGGUUGGGUUUGGCUCGUCGUCACCGGCAGAGUUCCGGUUUUGCCCUUGUGGGCUAUGUGCAUCCUCAUCUUCGUGGGGACAAAUGGCGAGACCUACUUCAAUACUGUAUCACUGGUGUCCUGCGUGCAGAAUUUCCCCAAGAGCCGAGGUCCUGUUGUGGGGAUACUCAAGGGCUUUGCUGGGUUGAGUGGUGCAAUCUUGUCGCAGAUAUACACGCUCAUCCACUCUCCGGACCAUGCUUCGCUGCUGUUUAUGGUUGCAGUUGGCCCCAGCAUGGUGGCGAUCGCCCUCAUGUUCGUCAUCAGGCCCGUCGGCGGCCACAAGCAGCUACUGUCGUCCGACAACUUCAAUUUCUCCGUUGUCUAUAGCAUCUGCCUCGUUUUGGCUGCUUAUCUGAUGGGGGUGAUGGUUGUACAGGACCUGGUGGCUGUGAGCCACACGAUUACCAUCGUCUUCACGGUUAUCUUGCUCAUCCUUUUGUUGCUCCCCAUUCUCAUCCCCAUCAAUCUCGUUGCUGCUGCUCCCUCUGAGCCAAAAUCACUGGAGGAAGAAGCGCUUGUACCACCCAACAAUGAGCAGCAGCAGCGGCAGCAGCAGCAGGAGAGCAGCACAGCGCUGGGGGGCUACGAAUCUCAAGAAAUCAUUUUCAGCGAAGUGGAAGAGGAGAAGCCAAAAGAAGUGGAUAUGCUUCCUGCCUCGGAGAGGCACAAGAGAAUUGCUCAACUCCAGUCCCGGCUCGCCCAAGCUGCUGCGGAGGGGGCAGUUAGGAUCAAGAGAAGAAGGCGGCCGCACAGAGGGGAGGACUUCACUAUGAUGGAGGCAUUGAUCAAGGCAGAUUUUUGGCUCAUCUUCUUCUCUCUUAUGCUGGGCUCGGGCUCCGGAUUGACUGUGAUCGAUAACUUGGGACAGAUGAGCGAGUCUUUGGGGUACGAAAACACCCAUGUGUUUGUUUCCUUGAUCAGCAUUUUCAACUUUCUAGGCCGUGUUGGUGGUGGCUUCCUGUCUGAGAAAAUUGUCAGCGACUAUGCCUACCCGAGGCAUUUGGCCAUGGCUGUUGCCCAGCUUGUAAUGGCAGUGGGUCAUUUCUUCUUUGCGAUGGGUUGGCCCGGGGCGAUGUACGUUGGGACUCUUCUUGUAGGGAUUGGCUAUGGGUCACACUGGGCCAUAGUGCCUGCUGCAGUUUCCGAGUUGUUUGGGUUGAAAAAGUUUGGGGGUCUGUACAAUGUGAUUACCAUCGCAAACCCUGCAGGUUCUUUGAUUUUCUCUGGCGUGAUUGCAAGUACCAUAUAUGAUAGGGAAGCGGAGAAGCAGGCUGGUGGAGGCGGCAGCAGCUUAUUGUCGAGUUUCAUCCGCGUGGAAGAGCCUCUCAAAUGCCACGGAACCGUCUGCUACUUCAUGUCCUCCUUGAUCCUGUGUGGGAUCUGCAUCGUCGCCUCUAUUUUAAGCAUGAUUCUUGUUUACAGGACAAAGACUGUGUACGCUCACCUGUAUGGUCGAUCGCCGGCAGCAGCAGCAGCUGGGGCGGGAGGUAGAUAGAUAGGUAGAUAUUAUGCAGCCUGCCUGCCUGUGGGUACUUGUUUCAUUUUGCCUUUGCUUGUUUCUAUUUGGAUUAUACAUUCAUUCAUCCAUCCAUCUAUCUAUCUAUCUAUAUACAUACAUACAUACAUACUCCAGAGAAGCAAUCGAGAGAGAGAGAGAGAGAGUUGUUGGUCUUGCUGCAGGCAGAUAAGGAGGCAAGGGUGAUUCGUGACAUGGCUAUGAAUGAAUAUAUCGGCUGCAUCACCCACAACUAUCUCUAUCUAUAUAAUAUACAUUCAUUCUUUGAGGGAGGGAAGCAGUCUUUGUCUAUCUGCUGGUUUUGGUUUUGGUUGAGUUUGGAGUUUGAGUUUGUGACACGCCCUGCCCUGCCCUGCCCUCACAUCACAUACUGCUUCUUACGCCUGUUGUAUUAUUGUUUGUUCUCUUGACCAGAUCAUGUCAUAAUAAAACAUUUAUUAAUGAAUUGCCUGCCCCCUGAACGAUGAUGAAAUGAAGUUGUUUCUUA